AUGAAUCUACAAGAAUUCCUGGCUAUGGAGGACGGCUGCGAUCGCGAUGAGCUCAUUGAUCUUCGCGGCCUGGAUUUCGUUUCCGACUACGACUCGCACCUUAUGUGCCCAAUCUGCCACUGUCCCUUUGUUGACCCUGUCCGUCUACAGUGCGAUCAUGUCUUCUGUCAGAGUUGCCUCAGUUCCGCCAUCAACACCUUCCGCUCGGCCGAUUCGGAUGAGUUCCCGUGUCCCUCUUGCCGAACCCCCACCCGCGAGGUGUCGACCAGUGUACCCCGCCUGCUGAUCAACAUGUGCGACGAGAUCCGGGUGCGAUGUCCUUUAAUAACGGAGGGCUGUCAUGAGAUCGUGCCUCGGGGUCAUGUCCAGUCGCAUGUUGAGAAGUAUUGUGGGUAUCGGCUGGUUCCGUGUCCGGAUGAUUCAUGCGAUGGUUUGAUUAGGAACAAGGAUAUUGGGCUAGAUGGGAAAUGCAUACAUGUACUGCGCCAGUGUCCCCGCUGCGAAGAAGAUGUCAUGGAGCAGGACUAUGAGGAGCAUGAUAAGAAGCUUUGUCCGGUUUUGGAAACUAGCUGUGUCGACUGUGAAACGGUUGUCGCUCGGAAAUCAUUCAAUGAACAUGUGGAAGCAUGUCCCGAAGUUAUUGUGCCCUGCGCGGCGGCAAAAUACGCAUGUCCUGUCAAGGUCCGUCGCGCAGACAUCGGAAUGCAUGAACAAAGCUGUCCAUUGAUAACGAUGAUCCCGUACUUCGAGGUGCAAAAUACGCGACUCAAUUCCUUGGAGUUAAGCAUGCGACACCUUCAACAGCGGAACGAGAUCUUCGAGGAUGGCCUUGCCAACAUUAGAUCCACUCUGGUCGAGUCUGCACGCAUAGGUGCCAGUGCUGCUUCCAGCGGACAAUCCGCCACUGCUGGAAGAGAGCAGACCUCUGCACACGCCGAAACAAACAGAGAUGAUCCUACGGAUAUUUCAUCGAGUGUAUUUUCAUCGAAUGCCACAACCUAUCUACUCUCCCUGCAUGAAUCUCUACGCGAGGAGGUAGAGCAAAUCAAGCACAACCUCACAGACCUCGAUGCGCGCGCUAGCAUGGCUCUGAUGAACGAGUGUAUACGCAUGAAGGAAGACAUGGCCCACACGAAUGCCGCAGUCAACAGUGUCCGGAUGCAAGUCCAGUGGCUAAUGAAUCCCCGACUCCAUGGGACACGUACGGGGGCUGUCCGGGCAAAUACGGGUGGUGAAACUCCUCGAUCACCGAUGGCUUCGUCGUCGACGGCUGGAUCCAGCAGUAUUACCGCUCAGCCGUUGGGCCCUAUUCGACCUAGGAGGCCUAGUGAUAGUGGGCGUGAGGGGACUAAACUAUGA